AUGUCGACCCUUCCAUCGCAUCAGUCGCUCGACCUGAUUGAACGAUUCAGUCAGUCAGACGACAAGUUGUACGACGGCUUCAAAACCCCCGACACGAUUGAAGCUGGCGGUGCGUUGCGCGCGGGGCCUCCGCCUUCGUACAGCUCACUGGACGUCCUCGCUCUUAUGAGUCAGUACGCGUCCAUGGGGCUGCUGUACGGAGUCACGUACAACCUCAGCUAUCCGUUUCUGACAGUGUACUUCCACAUGGAGGGGACGCAGCUAACCUCUGCGAACGCGCUCAUGACGCUCGCGUGGUCGUUCAAGGUCUUUAUCGGUAUGCUCUCCGACUGCGUGCCCGUGUUUGGGCUUCGACGGAAGCCGUACAUGUUCGUGGGAUGGACCAUCAAUGCCAUUUGCAUGCUCGUGCUGGCGUCCGUGGACCAUGGCCUGCCGCUCUACAUCGAUCCGUCCCUCGAAGGUCGUCCGCUGAGCAACUUGACCGCGGACGAGUCGCGGGGCGUCGACGCCUCCGCGCCGAGCCGGGGUGCGUUCAUGGUCAUCAUGUGCACCAUCGCGGCGUUCGGCCAAGUGGUGGCUGAAGCGGCGUGCGAUGCCCUCGUGGUGGAAUACGCCCAGAGAGAACCGCUGCAUUGUCGAGGUCGCAUGCAGUCGCUGACGUACGCGAUCCGACUGUGCGCGCAGGGCGUGACUGGGCUCAUGUUUGGCAUCUGCAACAACUCGCCGCGGUUCGGCGGAACGUACUCGUGGGACAUUGGCGUGAAUGGCAUGUUCAUCUUAGUCAGCAUCACGAGCACGUUGGCCGUGCCCGUGACCAUCUUUGGGGUGAAGGAAGCAAAACGCACGGAAGCGGUGUCGUUUCAAACGUAUCUCGGUCAAUGCUGGGCCCUCGCGCAGAAGCGCGCCGUGUGGCAGAUCGUGCUCUACCUCUUUUGGUCUACUGUUUUCUAUUGCAGCAUCACCACCACCGCCAGUCCGUACGUCAAGUUCUACUGGGCCAAGGUCGAGUCGUUCAACUCGGCGCUCAUCAUGACCAUCAGCAACUGUGUCUCAGCGGGUGUGCUCAUGCUCAUGGCGUCGUACGGACUCCAUUGGAACUGGCGCGUCACGUUCGUCGUCACGACGCUGAUCGCCAACGGCCUCGACGCCAUCGUGCAGUAUUGCACCAUCUUUGACGUGUUCCGCAACCAGUGGGUGUACCUGGGCAUGCCUCUGGCAGAGCAAGUGCCGCUGGCCAUCAAUUGGGCCGUGACCAUGUAUGUGAUUGUCGAAUUGGCCGAGGACGGCAGCGAAGGCGUCAUGUACGGCCUCCUCACGACCGUCAUGGCCAUGCCGAUGAUCCUCGGUGCCAUGGUCACCAACAUCUAUUGCGCCGAGCUCCAGCUCAAGUCCACCGACAUCGCGUCCGAUACCCCGGACGUGCGGCGAGAUGUCGCGUACAGUUACAUGGUCAAGUAUGGCGCGGCCGCGUUCUCGUGUUGCUGGGUGGUGCUGUUUCCGAGGCAAAAGGCAGAAUGCGCAGAGCUCAAGAAGAACGGCGGGAACUACCCUCGCGUUGGAGCUGCAGUGCUUAUCAGCUGCUUUGUCAUUCUCUGCGUGUCUGUCACCUCCACAGUCAUGUCCAUGUUUGAUGCCACUGCAUGCUACGUCUUCGCCGGAGGCCAAGGUUGCGAUCUGGUGGAAACUUCGGGCUAA